AUGAGUGAAUCGAAACCUGAGCAGCAUCCGUUGCUUUUCGAUGAUUUAUCUGAUGAUGAACAUCGAAUAUCAGAAAGUCCUACAUAUCAACGACGAAUCUUUUCUACUGGCAGCGGCCGAGCCAAGUAUCACGUGAGAGGCGCUGCGACAAUUUUAAAACAGUGGCCCGAUCAUAUGUCAUCUCUGCUGACCUACUGGUGGAUGGGAUUAGCUAUGAUUGGUUUCACAGUACUCAUAAUAUACAAUAGCGUACUGGCUAUUGCUGUUAUUCCAUCUCCUUCAAAAAUUAAUAAGAUGCCUCCUAAAUUAAGAGCAGACGACUAUUCUUUUGAUUAUACAUCACAUAAAACAGUAUACCUGCAUGUAGUCAUCGAUGACAAAAAAUUGGAUUUGAAUACCUAUUUGCCCUAUAUAGAAAUCGUAUCAAAAGAUCAUCCUGGACUCAAAUAUAAUUUUGAUCUACUUGUUAAUGAUACAGCUGACUUAUUUGAUCCCAAAAACGAUAGUCAAAGUAAUUCGUUGUGGAAAGAUAAGGCUACUCAGUUAAACAUACUCAAACACACUUUACCGCCAGAUACUAAAAUAAAUAUCCGCCAUAAAUCUUUGACAAGGUAUAUGAAUGAGUCACCAUUAAGAAAGGUGUGGAGACAUUUGCCGCACCAUCUCUUCGGAUUUCUAAUUCGCUGCAUUUCAGUGUGGAACAAAGGUGGCAUAUCAAUCGAUCCGCUAUUGCUUACACCAAAAUCACCACAUCCGCAUUAUUUAGAAAAAGUAAGUAAUAUAUUUAAAGACUUCGAGGAUACUACAAAAAGAAGAACUAAAUUAAAAAAGAGCUACAAGAAUACGAAAAAAGCAAAGAAAGUAAACAACAUUCGUGAUAUUAUAGAAGCAUUAGAAAAUGAAAACUCCAGUAUUGACGAACAUCAAAAGACUGAUAAUUUAGAAGAAGCAGAGAAUAAAUUAUUUAUUACAGUUAACAAAAAUAAUACGCAAUUCACCGAUAAAAAAUAUACAUUCGAAAAUGAAUCAAACGUUGUCGAGCGUACAAAUAAAAAGCACAAACCAAAUAAUGAAGCUUCGAGCAAGGUGUCGAUAAUGAUGAGAUGA